AUGGAAAAAAUCGAAUUUAUGAGAAAAGUCGGAAAAUCAGUAGCCACUAUCUUAAAAAAAUUAAAAAAGGAAAUAAAAGUGGGUAAUUCGGGUCAAGGUUUAGAUAAAUUGGCUCGCCAGUUAAUGAUUGAAGAAAAAGUUCAAUCAUCCAGUUUAAAUUAUAAGGGAUUUCCCGCCUCUAUUUGUGUUUCAGUAAAUAAUGAAUUAACUCACGGGAUACCUAAUGAACGACUUUUCCAAGCAGGAGAUUUAGUUUCGAUUGACGUGUCCUGCAAUUAUCAAGGUUAUCACGCUGACGCUGCUUUAACUACUAUUGUCAGUGAAGGAAACGAAAAAAAAAAUAAUUUGUUAAAUAUAACUAAAAAUAGUUUAUAUUAUGUCAUUCAAAACAUUCAACCUAAUAUUACUACUACCCAAGAUAUUGGUGCUAUGUUAGAAAAAUAUAUCCGAGCCCGUGGCUAUUAUCCUAUUAAAGAAUAUGGUGGCCACGGAAUUGGUGAAGAACUACACAUGAAACCCUUUAUCCCAAAUUAUAAAACCCCGCAAAAAGGUAAAAUUAUUAGUGAGGGAAUGUUUAUUUGUAUUGAACCGUUGGUCCAAAUUGGCGACGAAGAAAUUAAACUUUCAGCGGACAAAUGA